UUCGCUCUUUGGAGGCAGCCCGGAGCCAUCGGCGCGGCGCCCAGCCUCCUCAGUCGGGGUGGCGUCCGUAGGCUCCUCGCUCAGUCUAGCUCGGGGGGCGCUCGACGGCGGCGCGAUGGGGCUCCAGCGCUGCUGCGGGGGGCGGCCCCGAUCCCCAGACCGCUUCCUCCUCCUCCUGCUCCUCUAACGGCAGGGGCCGCGGCGGGGGCCUCCCCCCGAGCCAUGUACGCCAAGGGCAAGGGCUCCAGCGUGCCCUCCGACGGACAGGCGCGCGAGAAGUUGGCACUGUACGUGUACGAAUAUCUCCUUCAUGUUGGGGCCCAGAAAUCUGCACAGACCUUCCUCUCAGAGAUCCGGUGGGAAAAGAACAUUACUCUGGGAGAACCACCUGGCUUCCUUCACUCCUGGUGGUGUGUGUUUUGGGACCUGUACUGUGCAGCACCUGAUCGGCGAGAGACCUGUGAGCACUCGAGUGAGGCCAAAGCUUUCCAUGAUUAUAGCUCUGCAGCUACAACCAGUCCUGUGAUGGCCAACCUGCCGCCCAAUGAUGGCAUCCCCAGCGGACCUCUAUUGUCAGGUUUUUUUCAGGGACCACCUGGCUCCCAGCCAUCGCUACAUGCUCAAGCUCCUCUGCACAACCCCAGUGCGGCAAUGAUGGGACCACAUAAUCAGCCAUUCCUGCCUUCGCGCUUCCCUGGUGGGCUCCGUCCUUCCGUUCGAAUGCCAAGCCAGCCAUCUAUGGGUGUGUCUGGCCCUCAGCCUCUGCUGCCCAGUGCAAUGGACCCAGCAAUCCGAUCACAAGUAGGGCAUCCUAACAUGGGCCCGAUGCAGCGCAUGACCCCACCACGGGGUAUGACAGGAAUGGCUCCACAGAAUUAUGGUGGUGGCAUAAGACCUCCUCCAGGGUCCCUGGUUUGCCCUGGUAUGCCCACAAUGAACAUAGCUCCGGGUAUUCGAGGAUCCUGGCCAAAUAUAAACACAAACUCGGUAUCCUAUUCCUCAUCUUCUCCUGGCAGCUAUGGGGGAGGUGGAGGGCCCCCUGGCACCCCUCUCAUGCCAAGCCCUGGAGACUCCACCAACUCUAGUGAAAAUAUGUACAUGAUGAACUCUGUUGGCCCUCCUCCAAGCCGGCCUGGGUUCUCCAUCGGGCCAAGUCCAGAAGGUCCAAUGGCUGGGAUGAGUGCCAUGGAACCUCAUCAUAUGAAUGGAUCCUUAGGUCCAGGUGAAAUAGAUGGGAUGCCCAAGAAUUCCCCGGGUAGCAUGGCUGGCAUAGCUAACCCACCGGGCACCCCGCGUGAUGACAGCAGCGGUGAGAUGGGCAGCAGCUUCUUAAACCCCUUCCAAAGCGAGAGCUAUUCGCCCAGCAUGACUAUGAGCGUGUGACCCGGCCCGGAUGCCCAGUCCCAGAGGAGCCAGACUGAUGCCCGGGUCUUAAUCCCCCUGUAUUUAAUAACAGCUUCCCUUGAUUGCUAGUCUCAGCCCCCCUGCCCCCAGUCUGGACUGUUGAUCCCCGCCCAGGUCACCACCCACCCUCUAAUUGGUACUCAAUAAACUGUAGUGACGUGAACGAUUGUCACUCAGCAAGUGGGACAGCUGAAGGUUUGCUAUGCUGCUCAAGUGGACAGUUAUGAAAGGGAGGGAGCUGCACCCCUCCUGCUGGACUGCAGCAUCCCCCACCCUGAGGGGUUUAUGAUGGUGCCCUUGGACAUUGGGACUCUCGUCCACCCUGCGCCUUUGGACUUUUAAAUUCUGCAUUGUAGCAGGAACGGUUGAGCUGUUGGGAAAGCUCCAUCUCGGUCUCCGUUCUUAAAACUAGUGAUACGGUUGGGGAAAAGGCAUGUGCUUCAGGAAAAAGUGGUUAAGGGGCUCUUCUGGAGUCUUGAUAUUCAGCGGGAGGGCUAGAGGAAGCCAGAAGGCCCCUUUUGGCAAGUUUGGGAGGUAAAUGGGGAAGAAGUGGUGGGUGGAAGUUGACUGCUACAAACUGAGAUGGAGUCUGGCUUAAAGUAGAUUUGGGGAUGAAGAUGUGUGGAUUUGGCUGUCAAUGCAAAAGUGCUCUCGAUAUUUUUUGAGCAACGGGCAGACUACCUUCUCCCCUAAUUGCAGCCAGCUUCAGUUUCCUGCCUAUGUUCGUUGGGCUAGAAAGAAAAAUAGCAAAGUUGUUUCCUAAUUGCACAGACUUCUGUGGAAGUAUUCUUGAUUCUGCCCAUAUCGGUUGGCAGAGACUGUGUGGUACCAAUGCUAUAGGGGGCAAAAAGGACACCCUAAAAUUGAGCUCAAGGUGAAUUUGAGCUUGGUUCCUGAUGACUUCACAGAAACUUCCAUGUUGUUUUCUUGGCAAUAGCAUGGAAGUAUUUUGCCACUGCAUUCUAUGGGAUGUAUUUUCAACUUCCUACAGCCUUGGGAUUUCCUAGCAGUCUCCCAUUCAGGUAUUAACCAGGCUAAAAUCUGCACAGCUUCCAAGCCUAGAGAAGGUCAGCCAGAUGCUGCCACCAGCUGACCCACCAGUUGCUAUGCAAACACACAAAUUAUUAUAGUAAUUACUGUUUUUCUCUUUCCCUGCAUCAUGUUUUUAGCUUUUUUAGUUUUUUCUCCCUUGAAUAGGGUGUUUUAAACACCUAUGGCAUGUUUUCUCUUUCCCCUCUGCCAUCAGUAACAGAAAAAGAAACUUAGCUUAAGAGAACUUUAUGGCAGUCAACAGAGGUGCACAUUAGCAGAUUUCCCUUGUUCUGUCUUCCAUCCCUUUCAGCUAGGAAGGUAAAGGGGAAAUGCUAUGAAUGACUUGUAAAAAAAAGCUAGACCUCCAUCUCUUCCCAACACUAACAAGCAAGAAUAUAAAGAUACUACACCUUUGACUUCAGCUGUUUCUCUCCAAAGUCAGUCCUCCAUCUGUCAGCUUUCAGAUACAUCCUAUUACAAUUCCUGCCACCAUAGCUGGCAACUUUGGAUGUUGGGAGUUGAAAGCUAAGACCUCUGAAGGGCACCAAGUCAAGGAAGCCUACUGUACUUAUAUGUCAGUUAAUACAUUGGCAGAGACCUAAUCCUUUGGCCUGUUCUCACACCCGUUAUCAGAGGAACACAUCCUUUGUGGAAAGUCUGUCCUCCGGGAUGGAUAGAGAUGAGCUGGCCCUCAGAAUGGACAGAACAGGAGUAAAGUCUCCUUUGAGUUUUAUAUUUUGGCAACAACGUGAAAGUGAUUUACUUUGGGGAGAGUUGACUCCCCAGUCUAGUCUAUAGUUUUGGACUGUUCUGAAGCUCUCACAUCCAAGUGCUAAGCAGGUCCAACCUACUUAGUGUUUUUUUUUUGAGAGCCACCAUGUUGGCAAAGGGCUUCCACCAGCCAAAACUAAGAGUCACAGCCCAAGUGUAGUUGAUUUGUUUGGGUGUAGGCAACACCUUGCUCAGUUCAGGCAUUCCAGUCAAAACUGGAUGGAUAGCUGGGCAGCUUUUGAGCUCAUCCAGCCAAGGGGAAUCCACCAUCUCCCUCACUGGUUCCAUUAUCAAAGGACCCUUCCAGCUGGGAAGUUUUCUCAAACAUGUAACCAGAGUUUGUCUUCUUGUGUCUUAAGUCCAUUCAAGCUACCGAGGUCUUGACCUUCAGUGGUACUUCAGGAGUGCCAUCAUAGUUCCCCUUGUUUUUUUCUCAAGGCUUAAUACACCCAACUCCUUCAGUCUCUUCUCAUAGGACUACGGUCCGGGUCAGCCCUAUGAGCAGACCCAAUCAAGAAACAGGAAGACUGGAACUAUACUUUAUUGAUAGGCUACAGUAACAGAAUCUUGCAAGUCUGCCCAUGUUUUCCCUCCCAACCCUCUUAUACCAGAGGGGAGCCAGUCUGAGUCUUGUUCUUAUGCUUUCCCAACUACCUGGGCUUAAUGCAUGCUUCAGCACCUGUUGUUGUUCUAACGGCUUUUCUGUGUCUUCUCCAAGGUCAUCUCCAUGGCUCCCUACAGUUCCUGACCCCUAAUUAUCCUUUCCCCCGUUUUUUGAACUCAUUCCAGUUUGUCUCUGUUCUUAAAAUGUGGUGUCCAGAACCAGACUGAACAGCAAUACAUGAUCAUUAUUAUCGUCAUCACUAUCAUCUGCAAGCUGAGAUGCCUGAUCCCAACUUUUCCAAAAAGUAUUGGGAUCUUAGAUCUUGGCUUUGGGAGCAGCAAAGCUUAAAAAAAAAUAGUUGAGUCAUUCUGUUUUGCUUGGUUAGGUGUGAAUGGAUAUAACAGUUCAUAGGCAUUGAAAAGGAGGCAGAUGAAGAACGUGCAUUGUAAUGUGACACAAACUCUGCCCCUCAGUAUUUGCCUGCAGUGUCAUGACACCAGUAGGAAAGGGCAGAAUUUCCAUUGUGGUGUCCCUACAUAUUUUGAUAUUGUAAUUAGGCAUGGAUGCCUGUAUUACCAUUCACUAAAAUAAUCAGCAUAGGUCCUGGGCUGGAUUUGAAGUUUGAGAGACAUGCUGGAAGAGGACACAUAUAAAAGUGGGCAUAAAAACUAUCUCACUUUAUCUCUGAUUCAAAUGAAUUGAAGAUAGGUUGAUUUUUCCAUGUGCCUGAUGGAACCAGCUACCAUCUCCUAUCACAUUAACAAAAUUCAGGGGCAGCUUUUACAGGGGCUUUUAGUGAAGUUGUAGAUUGUGCACUCCCUGCUUUAGAUCUUUUCACUGCUAGUUCUGGAUUCUUCCAUUAACUCUUUCAAAUGCCGUUCUUCAUCAUCUGCUUCAUUAUAGCCCACCAGCCCUUGUUUCCUGUUCCUCUUCCAAAUUGUGCCGCAUGGGCUAGUGCUAUAUGCUAUAAAAGUAGGAGGCACUCUUUAAGCUUGUCUCAUCAACACAAGAGCAGCUCUGGCCAUGGAGAUCCAAGUGCAAGAGAGACAGAUUUAGAAUGGGUUACCUCUCUGAGCCCAUUACUGUUUCAGGAACAUUCACUCUUCCCACAAGCCUACGUUGUCAGCAGCUGAACUUAGGUAGGGACAAAGACACAAUCUACGUGUCACAGUUAUUUAUCAGUUGAUCCCAAUCUUUCUAUCCAGCUCUCCUUGGAAGCAGCUAUAGUCCCACCUUCCCAGCAUAAUUGGAACACGAUGCUGACUCUCUCUCCCACCCACCACCGUCAUUAUAAAAACUUUAAGGAUUCCUACAGUUGGGAAUUGGGGAACUCAUGUCAGAGCUGUGUCCGUUACCACGUUGAGGAGAAACAAGUACAUUCCGUGAUAGCAAUGCAAAAGGCAGAAUCUAUUUUUUUCAACAGUUUAUAUGAAAAUGGGCUCUUCUCAUUCUAAUCCUCCCCCAGAACUUUAGCAAGGGGAGGGCUCUUCUGAUCAUGUUCCCAUUUCUACCUAGUCAUUCUGUAUUUUCCAAAACCAUGUUUACACCCAACACUUCCAUACCUCCAGGAUGUGUGUGAUCUUUUAAUAGCAAAUUAAUUAUAUGUAAAGUAAGGGUUUGGAUUGUAUAUUCCCACUUGGUACAAAACUUCCUCCUCAAUUUAACCUGGAUCUAUGGAUGGGGGAUAAAUUUCCUCAGCUGGUAUCUUAAUAACUUAUCAAGUUGAUAGGCAGCAGAGAAAACAAAUCUUUUGCCGGGAGGGUAUUUCUGCAUCUCAGAAUUUUAUAAUGUAGCUUUCCAAAAAUUGCAAGGAAAAGCAAAUAUAAAAAUGUAUGUAAGGAAAAAUGGUAUGUAAAAAAUUAGGCAAAAUUGUAUAUCAAAAUGUAAUUGUUUUAAAAUUACAAGUGAUGCAGAAACAGAACCAAAUUAAUUUGUGGCUGAAAAAAAAUGAAUCAAAUUCAUAUUCAUCCAUUCUUACAUAACUUAACACUUUUGAAGUGUUGGGGUUUCACAGCUUUUGUGUGAUUGUAAAAAGUAUAUUGGGGAGAAGAGAGAUGAUUGAUUCUUCUCCUUUUUUCUGGGUUUGGGGUCAGCUUCUGCUCAAACUUAAAGAAUGGGGAAGAAGGCAAAUUUGCUGCCCCAGUCCAGAUCCAAAGGAUUACAGCAUCAGCUUGGGCUUUUUUUCAUUGUUAUUCUGUGUAAAUAAAAUACCAUUUUUGGAGGAAGUCAUUGAAUUUUUAAGGUUUCCAAUGAGAAAACUUGCAUCAAUAAA